AUUAUGAAUUAAAUUAUUAGUGCAUCGAAUAAAAAAUUGUCCGAAAUAUUUACGCCUGUUAUGUCAUAUGACAUGUGGUGUGAGCAAUAACAAUUUUUUGAUGAAAUUUUCUGCAAAUUGUAGAAAAUUAUUUUUUGGUUGAAACAGCUUUAUAAGAGUGGAUUAUAGGAAAGUAAUCAUAAAAAAAUAACCAUGGAUUAUGAUUCUGAUGAGGAAAGACCAAUGGAAGAGGAUUAUUACACUUUCUUAAAUGUGGCAAAGGAUGCAAGCAAAGAUGAUAUUAAUACUGCAUAUAGAAGAUUAAGUAGACUAUACCAUCCUGACAAACAUGUUGAAAUAAAUAAUAAACAGAAAGCAGAACUGCUUUUCAAUAAAACUAAAAAGGCUUAUGAAGUAUUAUCAGAUCCACAUAGGAGAGCAAUCUAUGACACUUUGGGUGUUAAGGGUUUAGAAACUGAUGGAUUAGAACUUGUUCAGAAAACUAGAACACCUGCUGAAAUAAGAGAAGAUUAUGAACGGCUUGCUGAGGAGAGAGCAGAAAGGAAAAAAAAUCAAAGAACCAAUCCCCAUGGAUUUGUAACUAUCAAUAUCAACGCUACUGAUUUAUUUGAUAAUUACAAAGAUGAAUUAAUGGAUGAAUUGGAUUUUGAUGAUUCUAUAUUUCCAAAUGUUGAAGUUUCUGGUAUGACCUUUAACCAGUCUGUGGAAUUUCCAUUGACUUCAAAAAAUACCUGUACAAUGUCUGGUACACUUAACACAAAAAAUGGAAAUGGAAGUGGUGAUGUGAGUGUAAGUUGGAGGCAUUUAUAUUCACACAAGGCAUGGACUGAGGUUGAGGUUGCUGCUGGUAAUGGACCAGCCCUUUCAUUUAAAGGGUUUAGAACACUAAGCAAGAGGUUUUUCUGGAAUGGAGGUGCCAUGUUUCAUUUGACUCCUGACAGUAUUAGACCUGGUUUAUCUUCAACAAUAGCAAUGCAAAUUGAUAAUCAUUCUGUAGCUUAUUUGACUUAUCAGGGAGGUUUAAGAUCUUUGCUUUCUACAUCCCUUGUAAGAGAUACAGAAUAUUCCACACUUAAUAUUGCAAUGCAAGUAGGUCUACCUCACUCUUUUGUUAUGUGUAGCUUCAUAAAAAAAAUGAUAAGUAAUGAGAUGAAACUGAAAAUUGUUGUUAAAGCUGGAACAUUUGGAGGACUACUGGAAUAUGGCGUUGAAAAAAAAGUAUCAAAACACAGUAACUUAGCAGCUUCAGUGUCUGUUGGAGUACCAAGCGGUGUUAAAUUGAAAAUUAGAUUAACAAGAGCAAAUCAAGUUUAUUCAUUUCCAAUACAUCUGUGCGAGGAAAUGUUGCCAGCCCCUAUAUUCUAUGCAACAAUUGUACCAUUAGUCACGUAUAUUAUUAUUAAGAAAGGCUUUGUCGAUCCAUUCGUGGAAAAAGAAAAAGCGAAAAAAGCUGAGAAAAAUAACCGAAACAAUAGGGACAAAUUAUUGGAAAAGAAGCGAGAAGCACAGGCUGCUAUCGAUUUAAUGACAGCUGCCUACUCUAGGAUCCUUGACGAAGAGGAGGCAAAGAAGGGAUUAAUUAUAGUAAAAGCGAUCUAUGGCAAUGUAGUCACUGAUGGUAGUAAUUCAAAUCCAAACAAUUUUGAAGAUGAAGUCAUUGAAGUAACUAUUCCUCUGCAAUGUUUGGUUAAAGACAGUAAAUUAAUUCUGCAUGAAUCACCAAAGAGUCAAUUGCCGGGCUUCUUUGAUAUAACUGGUAAAGAUAAGAUGUUGCAUAUUGUUUACAAUUAUCGGCAGCAACCACAUGAAGUCACUAUAAAAGAUAAUGAAGUGCUCAGGAUACCAAAAACUGGUCAUAAAUUAUUAAUUGUCACAUGAUAGAAUAGCAUAUGUGAUAUAAAUAUAAAACUAGUUACAGUAAAUAGAUGUGGCACUUAGAAAAUGAGGCAUCUGGUGCAUAUGAUUGUUACUAAAUAUAAAAUGUGCCCAAGUUGUUUUAACAUGAUUUUGGAUUGCUAUUCAAAGUGCCUUCUUCUAUACUUCCUUUCAUAUUUACCCCUCAUAUUUUUGUUUCUAAUUUUGACUAGUGUCUGUUAUUUGAAAGAAUAAAAUAUUUGUUACUAUUUUA